AUGCCUCCUUCACCUGAUGAUGCGGAACUCGAUGGACCCAUUGCCUCGACCUCUGCCGCUGUCCAAGGAGAAACAUCACAAGAAGGCUACAUGUACACCCACGAGUUGAGCCAGAUGAUGUUCGUCUUCGCACAUGUGGUGGAUCCGAGUAAGCCUGUUCUACACCUACUGGAAGACAUUGUCCGCCAUCAAGUGGUACAAAUGAUCAUCCAAGCCCGCAACCUUUCCGUCAUGCGACGCUCUCGUCACCUCUCCACCGAAGACCUCAUCUUUCUGGUUCGCUACGACCGAGCCAAAGUCAAUCGACUCCGCACUUACCUUUCUUGGAAGGACGUGAGGAAGAAUGCAAAAGACGAUGGUGGUGGUGGAGCAGGGGGCGAGGUAGACCUCAACGCUGCAGUCGAAGACGCGGAUGCGGCCAAAGCUCAGGGCGGCAUCAGCCGCAAACUCAAAGUCAAGCUGCCUUGGGAGAUCAGCACCAUCUAUUCUGACUGCAUCGUAUCAGGUGCGGGAGCAAGCUUGGAGCAAUCACAGAGUGGAGGUGGCGGGCUCAAUUCCGACUUGCCUCCGGAGCUGGAAGCCGCUGCUGCAAAAGUCCAGCAGCCCACUGUAGACGAAGAGCUGGACGAGGAUGACCAAGAAGCCAUGAAAGAGAGCCUGAUGAGACUCAGAGAGGCGGAUCAAGUCACACUCAAGAUGACGAGGGAGGAGUACGAGCAUUACUCCGACUGUAGGACUGCAAGCUUUACCUUCAGGAAAGGCAAGAGGUUUCGGGACUUUCUCGGCUCAUCCAAUUACCUCGAUAUGAAACCCAAUGACGAUAUCGUCGACAUCUUGGGCUUCCUCGCAUACGAAGUCGUAAGGGAGAUUACAAUAGGAGCAAAGCAAGUCUGGGAGCAGGAGAGAGCGGUGUUGAGGCGCGGAGAGCGCCGAGAGCCAAAGCCGAAGAAGAUCAAGAGGACGCACGAGAAGAGUGCGGCAGCGACGGAAGCAGAACCAAAGGUUCCAGCAGAAGAGGCUGAUGAUCCUACCCAGGGUAGCAGUAGCGGCCAGAAGGAAGAAGAGAAAGACGAGGAGUCUACCGCACCAGCCAAGGCCAGUCAGUCUGAAGCCAAGUCUGGCGCGACGAAAUCUGAAAAAGGCAGGACUGGAUCGCCGCUUCGAGCAACAAGGGCAUCGGACGACUCUGCGAGUGAUGGCGGAGAGGUAGACAUCGAGCAACUCUAUUCGGCGGGCAAGGGACAGACGGAUGGCGAUGAAGCGUCUUCAGUUGAUCCCGCCUCCUUCUGCGGGCUCUUCAGCUUGGCUAGUGCCGACGUUGGCGACGGAGAUGGGCCUUUGGUCACAGCUACAUCACACAAGUCAGCGCAUGAUACCUCGGCUGCCUCUCCUUCGAAACGUCCCCUGGCUUCCGAUCAUGGCAAAGAUGCCGAUGGGAAGGAAACAGCAGAUGGAGGCACAGAACCUGACGAUGAAGGCGACGACGAAGACGAAGAAGAGAAGGAGACGAGUCCAGAUCUGCUAGUCCACCACAUCCGCGAGUCCUUUGCGAGGAUGGAGCGACAGAAGACGCAGCCUUCUCUCAGUGCUGGAGUACGCGUGUCGGGUCCCUUUGGUGGCCUGCGCAAGACCAAGGUCUUUGUACUGUAG